UUUGAAAGAGAAGUUGUCCCUCUAGGCCCAGCGUAUAAUGCUCUCUCAAUAAUUGCCCGCCGAGAAUUACACUGAAUCCAACGAAUACGUCUAAUUGCUUGCCUGGCUCAGCAAUAGAGUAUGAGAAUUCCCAGCAGCAAAUGGCGCCAGUGUUGGAAAUGCACGUGUUUGUUUGGUGUUAAUCAGAUUAUCUUGAUUGGAGAUCAAGUCCAUUUGUCACGCACGUGCUCCCUUUAUUUUUAUCUCUUCACAUGCUCCAAAUCUCGCAGGCAAGCAAGGCAAGCUCGGAUACCUUUGUUUUCCCACGAGGAACAUCUUCUCUAUCGUUCGUUCGCUCGCUCCCUUAUCCACGAUGAUGUAACUCAAGACAAACACAGACCUCGCUAUCUUGCCUGUCUUAUAUAUUUUUGCUCUUAACUUUUGUCUUCCUUUGAAUUUCUAUUGAUAUAACCGAUAUAUUACUUUUUUUAAAUAUGUUCCGCUCGCUCGUUGUCAAACCAUUCUCCCGCUCGGCUGCGACUGUCUCCGCCACUCUUGGUGUCAAGAGUGCUGCCGCCCGCCAUCAGCUCAACUCCAUCCGCUUUGUGUCUACCGAGGCCCCAGCUUACGGCAUGAUUAAGACAGAGACCCAGGGCCGCGUGGCCAUCAUUACUCUCAACCGGCCCAAGGCACUUAAUGCCCUGUGCAGCGAGCUUUUCCACGAAAUCAACGAUGCGCUUGCCCGGUUUGACAACGACGCCAACAUUGGUGCCGUCGUUCUCACGGGCAGCGAGCGCGCGUUCGCUGCGGGUGCCGACAUCAAGGAGAUGAAGGACGCUGAGUUCAUCAACAACUACAAGUCCAACUUUUUGGGUCACUGGGCCGAGCAGAUAAGCAAGAUGCGCAAGCCCAUUGUUGCUGCGGUCAAUGGCUUUGCCCUGGGCGGCGGCUGCGAGCUGGCCAUGAUGUGCGAUAUCAUCUAUGCUGGCGAAAAGGCUGUAUUUGGACAGCCCGAGAUUAAUCUUGGCACGAUUCCCGGAGCUGGCGGUACGCAGCGCCUGACACACGCUGUGGGAAAGUCCAAGGCCAUGGAGAUGAUCCUCACCGGCAGCGUCAACCUGAACGCCGAGGAGGCCAAGGCAUACGGCCUGGUCAGUGCCGUUUUCCCUCCCGAGAAGCUCCUCGAAGAAACCAUCAAGACCGCAACCAGGAUUGCAUCCAAGGGCGCUGUCUCUGUGCAGAUGGCCAAGGAGGCUGUCAACCAGGCCUACGAGCUGAGCCUGAGCUCUGGCUUACACUUUGAGCGCAGGCUCUUCCAGGCCACGUUUGCUACCAAGGACCAGAAGGAAGGCAUGUCUGCGUUUGCCGAGAAGCGCAAGCCCGCUUUUGUGCACGAGUAAAUAUUAAUUUUUUUGUCAAAGUCCAAGAAAUAAGCAGUUUACUGCAUUUAAC